GGUUGUUUUAUUGCCUUUCAUCCAAGAAGACGAGAAGUGGCACAACUUUCCCAAGACUUUUUCAAGUGAGAAUUAUUACAACACGAGGAAUUGUUCACUGCGUUUGGACUGAACUUCCUCAUCUUUCUAGAUAUGGGUAAUCUCCCACGCAACCGAAGGAAGGAGAUUGCGACAAGUCAUCCUAGUUUAUGCAAAGGCAAAGGUAAAGGGCGGAGCGGGUCUUCUUCUCAAAGUCGAGAAGAUUUUGAAACGGGAUACCAAAGGCUAGAUGGGGAUGCGUUGUCUGACGAGCAACUACAACAACUAUUGGCGCAAAAUGAUGGUCGCUUUUUCCAACAACAAAACAUCCCGGAGUCCAUUGAUGAAGAGGAGCUUGAGAAUGAUGAUGCGGAGGAGGACGAGGGGGGCGACGGGACUCACGGCACCCCGGAUGAUGAGCAAGAGUUGGAGGACGAGGGCGGUUCAUCCCAAGUUGGUAAGAAAUCUAAAUCUCCUAUAAUAGAAAAUAAUUUUACAAAGAGGAAAGACCCAACAACCGAUAAAUGGUACGCAAGUUGUGAUCAUUGCAAGGAGUAUAGCUUGGGAACUUCCGGCGGAUACGGGAGCCUCAAAAGUCAUCUUAAGUCCGUG